AUGACUGUUGAUUUUGCUUUGCAAUCUCCGAUGAUUCACUCAUCACCGCUCGAUAAGGAUUUGAAGGCUCUUAGGUUCAUCGAGGAGAUGACACGUAACGUUGAUUUCGUUCAGAAGAGAGUCAUUAAGGAGAUUCUGAGUCGUAACUCUGAGACUGAGUACCUGAAAAGGUUCGGUCUCAAGGGAUUCACCGACCGGAAAACGUAUAAGACUAAAGUUCCGGUUAUUACUUACGAUGAUAUCAAACCGGAGAUUCAACGUAUCGCAAAUGGUGACCAGUCUAUGAUCUUGUCUUCUUACCCCAUCACCGAGUUCCUCACAAGCUCUGGGACUUCUGCUGGUGAAAGGAAGUUAAUGCCGACCAUUGAAGAAGACAUGGACCGACGUCAGCUUUUAUACAGUCUUCAAAUGCCUGUGAUGAAUCUCUACGUACCUGGAUUAGACAAAGGCAAAGCUCUACAUUUUCUGUUCGUGAAGUCGGAAUCAAAGACUCCCGGUGGAUUACCGGCACGUCCGGUUCUCACAAGUUACUACAAAAGCGAACAUUUCAAGAGACGUCCUUACGAUCCGUACAACGUGUACACGAGCCCUAACGAAGCCAUCCUAUGUCCCGACUCCUCUCAAAGCAUGUACACUCAGAUGCUCUGUGGUCUCCUUAUGCGUCACGAAGUCCUCCGUCUCGGUGCGGUCUUCGCUUCCGGUCUCCUCCGUGCCAUCGGCUUCCUCAAAACCAAUUGGCAAGAACUCGCCUACGAUAUCUCAACCGGAACUUUAAGUCCAAGAAUCUCCGAUCCGGCGAUUAGAGAGAGCAUGUCCAAGAUCUUGACCAAACCGGACCAAGAACUGGCUGAUUUCAUAACUUCGGUUUGUUCUCAAGACAAUAAUUGGGAAGGUAUCAUUACCAAGAUUUGGCCUAACACUAAGUACCUUGACGUCAUCGUUACCGGAGCCAUGGCUCAGUAUAUUCCGAUGCUUGAGCAUUAUAGCGGCGGAUUACCGAUGGCUUGCACGAUGUAUGCAUCCUCCGAGAGUUACUUUGGAAUCAACAUGACACCAAUGUGUAAACCAUCUGAGGUUUCUUACACCAUCAUGCCAAACAUGGCUUACUUCGAGUUUCUCCCUCAUGAAGUCGCAACCGACAAAGCCGAUCUUGUUGAGCUAGCUGAUGUUGAGGUCGGGAAAGAGUACGAGCUCGUGAUCACAACCUACGCCGGGCUUUACCGUUAUAGAGUCGGCGAUAUUCUUCAGGUGACUGGAUUCUACAACUCCGCUCCGCAGUUCAAGUUUGUGAGGAGGAAGAAUGUUUUACUUAACAUCGACGCUGACAAAACCGAUGAAGCUGAGCUCCAAAAGGCGGUUGAGAACGCAUCGGUGUUGCUUAGGGAGCAAGGAACGCGUGUGAUCGAGUACACGAGCUACGCAGAGACAAAGACUAUACCUGGCCAUUACGUCAUCUAUUGGGAGCUUCUAGUGAAGGAUGAAACCAACCUUCCAAGCGAUGAUGUCAUGGCUCGGUGUUGCCUUGAAAUGGAAGAGUCGUUGAACUCUGUGUAUAGACAAAGCCGUGUUGCGGAUAAGUCUAUUGGACCGCUCGAGAUACGUGUGGUGAAGAAUGGAACGUUCGAGGAGCUCAUGGACUAUGCAAUCUCGAGAGGCGCGUCGAUCAAUCAGUAUAAGGUGCCAAGAUGUGUGAGCUUCACGCCAAUCAUGGAGCUGCUUGACUCGAGGGUUGUGUCUACACAUUUCAGCCCGGCUUUGCCACAUUGGUCACCAUAA